AUGCCAGGUCCUAUAUCGAGAACGCAAACUGCACCGCUAGAUGGUACUCUUGCUGUACCACUUUUGCGGCAAGUCUCGGCCGCCAGCUCAUUUGGCCCAUCGUCACAAACGUCCGCCAGUAGCAGCAUACCAUUACUCCAAGACCUCGCGUCGAAUAACCAUGCGAUUCCAGCCACCAUUCAAAGCGGAUGCGCUGACGGAAACUCCAGCCCGGGGAACACACAAACAUUAUCUUCCCACGUACCAACAACUCUAAACACUCUGGAUGGGACUCAAAGUCAUCGAAAUGGGAUUGGACCAAAUCCUUUAUCAUCGCCAACUACCAACCAAUCUAUCAUUGUCCCGCGCAACAAAGACUUCAAGGAAUGGCGUUCAUGGAAGAUCCACUGGCUGUACAUGGCCCUCCUCCUUCUCAUUGUCAUCUUCUUCAUCAUCACAAUCUCCACCCUGACUGUUAUCUCCCGUCGAGACUCCGGCUUCGCCAGAGAAAGCCAACCUCCCGGCUUCCUCCAGCGUAACCCGGAACUGCGGAAAGCUAUCUGGGAACAAGGCAUUUUCUAUACUGCGAUUCCGGCUUUUAUUAUGACUAUUUACCGGACGAUGUGGGAUGCUAGCGUGAUGGCGUUCGCUGAUCGGCAGCCGUGGAUAAUUGCCUUCCGGAAUAAGCACUUUCUGCCGUCGGCUUGCAUGCUUUCUUCGCUGGUGCUGUCGUUCGGCAUAGUACCACUGACGUCGUUCCUCUUUAGGAUGGAUUCUUCGCUAUCAAACUCAACCUUCCCACUAUCGAUUGACACGUAUUACAAUGGGACUAUCGAACCACAGAUUCCGGCCUUUAGGAACGAGCCAAGCGUCCGAAUGGCACUAGAUACUGCUGCAGGUUUACAUCUGCAUAAUCUGAGCUUACCACCACGCACUGACGGGACCUUUGCCUUCCCACAGUUUACCCCACGAGUCGAUUUAGGAAUUAGCAACAUUCGCCUUAAAAUUGCAGCCUAUGGCGUCAAUGGUGACUGCAUAGAAAUCCCCGAGUCGGAGUAUGAGAAAAAAACCCAAAGACUGGGCAGCUCAACAAUCUCAAUUCAGGUCAGUGCUAUCGACCGCAUGUGCGCUAUAUCAAACGCAAUCAACAUUCGAACGAACCCAUGGAGCCCGGAUAUUUUCAUGACGUCUUGGUAUACGCCGACUUGUAGCACGGCAGCCUUGACCCGCUUGAGCGUUUUGGCCGCACGCUACGACAAAGCCUCGCAAACCAUACAAACCCUUUCUUUGCUGUCGUGCAAAACUUCUUACUUUGUCAGCUCUGGAGAGUUAGUAGCAAGUUCGGGACCUGGAAUGGGUUACAGCUCGCUGAGUUUUGAAGAAGACCGCGAGAACCGGGCGGAACUGGACUGGCUCCAGAUUUACCCUUUGAGGAAUUUCCUAGAGAAGGAGGUACACAAUCUGAGAUAUUUCGACGGAGGGGAGACAAUUGAUGGGAAUGAAUUCGUCAAGUAUGUUUACCGCAUGGCGCAACAGGCCAGUCCGGACGAGCCGAUGCGGCCGGAAGCUCUCGUCAACUCGACGCAGAUCCUAUUCGAAACCGUGUACGCGGUCUUCGCUAGUAUCUACUCGUUCAAAGACCGCAACACCCCUCUCAAUGAAACUGGCAUCUAUAUGAUUGAGGAGAAGCGGUUGUUCGUAGUGCCUGUCGUCGCUUACGUUUUGCUCGGGGUACUUGGUACUACCCAGCGUUCCCAACCGGCGUAA